AUGGGCGUCCAUAAGAAGACUCGCAAGUUCCAAGUCAAAAAGAUCAUUGGCCAACGGGAUGCUCGCCUCAAGAAGAAUCAAGAGACUGGAAAGGCGGCUGAAACCAAGAAGAAAACAGACGACGAUGUGAUACGAGAAGCGCCUCAAGUAUCGUCUUCCCUGUUCUUCCAGUACAAUACCGCCCUUGUGCCGCCUUACAAUGUCCUCGUCGAUACGAACUUCCUCUCGCACACUGUCCAGAAGAAACUCGAAUUAUUGUCGACGAUGAUGGACUGCCUCUACGCAAAGUGCAUACCAAUCAUCACAGAUUGCGUGAUGGCCGAACUCGAAAAGCUUGGACAGAAGUAUAGGAUCGCCUUGCGGAUAGCGAGGGACGAAAGAUGGGAGCGACUUAAAUGCGGCCAUAAAGGCACAUACGCCGACGACUGCAUCGUUGACAGAGUCAUGAGGCACAAGAUCUACAUCGUGGCUACCAAUGAUAGAGAUCUGAAGAGGCGCAUUCGGAAGGUGCCUGGAGUCCCUAUCAUGAGUGUUGCCCGAGGAAAAUAUGUCAUUGAGAGACUUCCAGAUGCCCCCGAGAAGUGA